CAUUUUCCCAAUUUUCUCGGUGUCAUAAAAAUAAAACAAAGUGUUUAAAAGAAGAAGAUAAAAAGUGAUAAAAUUUCCAUCACAGAAAGUGGAUUAAAAGGUUGAUGAAGAUUGAUAGCAGAUGAAAUAUUCUGAAAACAUAAAUUCAAAUAAUUCGUCUUAAUAAAAAUUCUUGAAAAUAUUAUUGAACAAGUAAAACUUUCAUAAUUGCGUCGAAAGUGAAAAUACGUGGAACAAAAAUGCAUUUGCCAAAUAGUGAAGGCUCAACAGCAGUUGCGUCUCCAGCAACGCCAGAAACUAAAACACCUGAAUCUUUAGGAACAUCAAUCAUGAAUGACAUGUAUCAGAAUCUUCAUGAUCUUCUCCAGGAAUAUCACGGCGAACUUGUGACAACGGGAUCUCCUUCCAUUCUCUGUUCCUCACUUCCCAACCAUUGGCGUUCAAACAAAAGUCUUCCGUGUGCCUUUAAAGUCGUCGCACUCGAUGAUAUUCCAGAUGGAACCAUCGUCACGAUCAAAGCCGGAAAUGAUGAGAACUAUUGUGGUGAACUUCGAAAUUGUCAAGCUCAAAUGAAGAACCAAGUAGCGAAGUUCAACGAUCUUAGAUUUGUCGGUCGAAGCGGACGAGGAAAAUCCUUCUCGAUUACAAUCACAAUAAGUUCUUAUCCAUGCCAAAUUGCCACCUACACAAAAGCAAUCAAAGUUACUGUCGAUGGACCUCGAGAACCUCGCUCCAAACAAAAUUUUGCAUAUGGACAUCCGGGUGGCUUCAAUCCAUUCAUCUUAAAUCCGGGAUGGCUCGAUGCAGCUUACAUGAAUUACGCCUGGUCAGAUUACUUUCGACAUCAACAUCAACCACAUCAUCCAGUGCUAGCCAAAGGUUCACCAACGUUACCCACUAAUGGAACGGUUUUGCCGAAUGGUGGGAACAGUGAAAGUUUCUUUCCUUCUAUGCCAAGUCCACCAAACAGCAUUGCUUCAUCUUCAGCACCAACAGUCACAACACCUGCUCCGCCUGGUUCUAUGAUAGCACCCACAACAAGCGUUUAUCUUCCACCUUUCCCCUUCACAGCACAUCCCGAUCUCCUACACAAGUCACCGUUCUUGCCUUAUGGAUCCCUCCGCCCUUCACAUUCUAUCACUUCGGUCCAACUUUCCGAUCAACAACAGAUAAACAGCGCGAGAUUAUCGCCAGCUUCUUCACGAAACUCAUCAAGUCCACCAUCGAACAGUCAAUCAACUCCCAACCAUAAAAUCAACUCGUCAAUUGAAGUUAAUUCCAUUAACGAUCAUUCAUCGCAUACGUCGUCAGACGACUCAGAUGAUGAACAGAUUGACGUAGUAAAAUCAGCAUUCGUACCAAUCCUUCGACCGUCGUUAACUGCCACAAUAACCACCACAACAACACCUGAUUCGACAGUUAAAGAACAUUCGCCUUUAAGAGAGAUUCCCACGAAAAUAAAAUGUGAACUCAAAGCUCCGUCAUCAAAGAAACUUCAUCUUCAUGAAAGACCAUCCAAACAAGAAAGUCCCAACUCUCCAGAAACAAAAAUUAAGUCACCGUCAAUAACACAACAACCCAAAACUGUUUGGCGACCUUAUUAA